AACAAUGUUAUCUAAACGAACACUGAAUAGAAUACUAUCGCGUAAUCGACAACUCAGCAACUUUUAACCAGAAAUUAUAUAAAUUAACGCAUUUUUACAGUAUUAAUUUAUAUACUUGCUCGCACAGGUAAACAACAGAAUUAACAUGGUCGUGUCAAUGGAACGUUGGAGAGGCAAAGUCGCCAUUGUGACUGGGGCAAGUGUAGGAAUUGGUGAAUCUAUUGUUGAAAAAUUGGUGGAAGAAGGUCUCCAGGUCGUAGGUCUAGCUCGCCGAUCUGAAAAAGUCGAAGAACACGCGAAAAAGCUCACAGGCAAAAAGGGCAAACUGCAUGCUUUUAAAGCCGACGUUUCUAAGGAAGAAGAUAUCCUUAAAGCAUUCAAAUGGGUUACAGAAAAUUUAGGCCCUGUCCACAUUCUAAUUAACAAUGCUGGUAUUGUCCAGCAGACUAACCUAGUUGAAGGAGACACAGAAAAGUGGCAAAAGAUUUUUGACACCAAUGUAAUCGGGUUGUCGGUAGCCACAAGAGAGGCGGUGAAAAUCAUGAAAGAAAACAAGAUUGACGGUCACAUUGUCCACAUUAAUAGUAUAGUGGGGCACAAAGUUGCAUACCACGCUUUUUCAAACGUGUACCCAGCUUCAAAAUAUGCCGUUACGGCGUUAACUGAAACUCUUAGGCAAGAGUUCAAUCAUCUUGGGCUGAAGAUCAAAAUUACGAGUGUUAGUCCGGGAGUGGUUGCUACAGAACUUAGACAAACUAAUAAUUUUGUUAUGGACGAAAAUAUGAAAAAAGCGGCUGCAACUAGGCCACAACUUAAAUCCGAAGAUGUUGCUGAAGCCGUACUCUAUGUAUUGGCUACACCACCACACGUUCAGGUACAUGAACUGACGAUUAAACCGGUUGGAGAAGCUCUCUAGAUAAUAAAGUUUUAUUAUUGUGUAUAAAUAAAAAUAUAGCAAGUU